AAGUAUAUGGAUUGUUGCUCGCUAGGGUUACUCUUUCACUGGAAAUGCAUCAGUCGAGAUGAUAAAUUAAGCAUGCAUUGCCAUUUAAUGGAGGAGGAUUAGGAGCCAUAUUAAUUUGAUUGUGGGAGGGUUAUAACUCUCAAAACAGAGUCAAAUUUCGGGCUGUGCUUGCAAAUAUAAAAUUGAACAUGAAGCUAAUGUUUGGUGCAGUUCAAUGGAUGACAAUGGCACCUUGUUUGCUAAAUUACCUCUAGUGGGUCAGAGUCAUUGAAUUUCGUCCUUGAAAGAACAUUUUUCAUGCUGUUUUUUAUUUAAAACUGAGGAUCACAAUCUUGUUUUUCUAAAGAAGGGUAGUUGAAAUGGUUUGAAGUGGAACGACCACCUUGUAAUCAUUCUUUAAAGUUUUCUAAAUCACUUUCUUGGCAUGGCUAGCCACUUUCUUGCAAUGAAAUAGUCAUGAAUCAUACAUUAACAGAAUGCCAUUAUAAGUGUGCGAAGUCUUUGAUAGCCAAGCAAACCAUCGAAAGUUUAGAUCGCCUGCCUUCCCUUGAACCAAUGGCCAAACAACUGCGCUCCCUCCUUUCUUCUUGCUUGCUUUCUGUGACCGUAUCCAUAGUUCUUCUCCAUGUACCAACUCGAGUUCAUUCAGUAACACUGAAAUCAGAUAUUGAAGCCCUUCGGGCACUGAUGCAGGCUGUCGAUCCCGUCUCAAUUGUGAGGUAUUCCUACCUCCAUAGCUGGGAUUUCACAUUCGAUCCAUGUGAGGCUGCAGGGUUAUUUCAAGGGAUCGUGUGCACAUUCCCUACAGACCAGUCGGCCAACCGUAUAAUGGCAAUUGAUCUUGAUCCUGCUGGGUAUGAUGGCUUUCUAACAGCAUCGAUCGGGAAUCUGACAGAGCUUACCUCCCUUAGGAUAAGCAAAAACAACUUUCGAGGGCCAAUACCAGAAACCAUAGCCAACCUUCAAAAGCUCACCAGACUAUCAUUGACUCAAAAUCUCUUCACUGGGAGAAUACCUCAAGGAAUCAUUAAUCUCAAGCAUCUUCAAAUCUUAGACCUGUCACAAAACCACCUCUCUAGCAAAAUUCCUGCCGAUAUUACAACUUUGAGAAGCUUGGGGCAGUUAAGCUUGUCAAACAAUGCAUUGUCUGGCAGAAUUCCAGACCUCUCCGCAUUGUGGCAGCUGAGCACAUUGGAUCUUAGUAGCAACAAUCUAGAUGGAAUUGUGCCCAAUCUUCCAAUGAACUUGAGAAAAUUGUCGCUGAGCCACAAUGUACUAUCAGGACACAUUUCACCUGUGAGCGUCCUCCAACACCUAAGAGUACUAGAUUUGAGUGAUAACAGGCUUUCAGGUCUCAUUCGUCAGGAAAUUUUCACUUUGCCUCUGGUGGAAAGCAUUAACAUCUCAAAUAAUCAAUUCACGGAAAUGGAGCCAAUGCCAUACCCUAGGGAAGGUUUACAGCUUCGUGUACUAGACGCACACGCUAACAGGCUACAUGGUCAUCUGCCCAUCAGUUUGGUUAAUAUAGCGAAUUUAUCAUCAAUUGAUCUAUCCCAUAAUCUGUUCUCUGGACGAAUCCCACUAGAAUAUGGAGCCAAACUGGGGAGUUCAUGGAAAAGCUUGCUCUUAGAAGACAAUUUUCUGAUAGGAAAUCUUCCACCACAGUUUAUUAACGGGACAGUGGCAGUUAGAGCCAACCUUGCCCACAAUUGCUUAAGGUGUCCGCCAAACAUUCUGUUUUGCAGAGGAGGGCAAAGGGCAAACUCAGAGUGUGACGGGCAGCAAGAUCACAGCACUUGAGAAGUUACUGAUAAUUCACAACGGAUCAUCAAACAAAUUCCAUGUACUCAAGCUUAUAAUAAAGUCCAGUGAGGCAAGCUUCCACUUACUAAUCAGUGGUUCCAGCGAAGGAGAAGGUGUCAUAAUCUGUACUCUUCAUUAAUGCAUUUCCGGUGUUGAACAAAUGCCCAUUUAUCCAUAGGAUAAAUUUAUUAUCUGUAAUGUUGAAACUUUACAUUUUCUCAUCACAUCAAACAACAGACUUUCCCAGAUUUCAAAGUGGAUGAAAAGAGCAUUGGAUUCACAUGCUUAUCAGCAAAAACAAUCACCUCGAAAUCAGCGAAUAUACCAAAAAAAUUUGAUAUUUCAUUACUCUACAAAUACAUGUUUCUACAACAUAACAGAGCAGUUUAGAGAAACCAAUUGACACUAACAUUGCCAAGCCAUGCGAAAAAUGGGAACUGAACCAAAGCGAUGAGGAGCAAGAGAAAAUGGUGUCUGCUAGAAUCAAAGCUCCUCACCUCUGCAAAAAGUACUCUCUUCAUUGUCUUCACCAAGAAAAUUCCCAUGCAUAAGCAGGCACAUGGCAUCAAAAUGUAGUAAGAGUAUCCAGAUAAGAUCUUUCCAAGGACAGCAAAACACAUGCCUGUGAAGGUAUACCCAGCAUAAGCAACAAUGUCUAACAAGGGCGCCUCCCCACUACCCAGUGAAAGGAGUAUCAUUUUGAGCAACGCAACCUGCAUAAACCAGCCGAGCAAUCCCUUGACAAACAGCCAAUUGAGAGCUUCUGGGCUAAAUCUGGAA